UAAAAAAUUGGUGAAGUGUGUUCAGCAAUUCAGAUAGCUAAAAUUUUAUUUGCUUGAGAGACAAGACGGACUUUGGUCGAAGCAAUUGACUUGUACCUUACAAUUUUGAAAACUCUGUCUCCUGAUGCUGGUGUUAUUGUGAGGCAAAAGCUGUUAUUGUACAGUGUUGAAGUUGUGAAUAGCCAAUUGAUCUAGUAAUUUGUAUUAUAAUAUUUGUCAACAUCAAGAAUGGGAGCCGCCUUAGUGUCUUUGCUUACAAAAGAUACAGAAACAGUUUUUCCCUAUUUUUGCACGAUGUGUAAGAACACACACACCGAGACGGAGGCAAAGGCUUAUUGUAAAGAGUGUGACUCACUCUUUUGUGACGAAUGUGUAAAACUACACAGUCAGUUGUUUCAAAGCCACACCUCUAAUGGACGUGAAGAAAUGGAGAAGUGGCCAGUUUCCAUAGCUACACAGGAGUUUCUGGAGAACUGUAAAGUUCAUAAUGGGAAGAAACUGAAACUAUUCUGUGAGGACCACAGCCAACUGUGUUGCAAUACUUGCAUUCGAUUGAGUCAUCGACAGUGUUCAAAGGUGAACUUGAUUGCUGACACCACUCUAUCUGCAAAAGACCAUCAGCAGCUGUCAGUCAAGAUCAACUCCAUUCUUGAUCAACUUAUGAAGCUGCAAACGAACUGGGAGAGCAACAUAAAGUCACUGCAAGUGUCAUAUGAAGAGAGGCUUAAUGAGGUUAGGAGUAUGAGAGAGAGAAUAAAUGCCACCUUAGAUAAGCUGGAGAAAGUCACACUGAAGGAAUUGGAUGAACUUAAGGCCAGCUGGAAUGUGUCUCUCAAGUUUGAUGUUGACACAUGCUCCAGGCUUCGUACUGAGCUGACACGUCUCAGUGAUGCAAUGCUGGAAAUUGGGAAAAAGAACGAAGAGUUGGCCUUCAUAGGAUUAGCCCAUCAGAAAAGUGAAGAGAUGAUAAAACAAGUAGACACAUACCUGAAAAACAAUUCCAUACAAACAGAAGUUUCCUUGAAGAGGAUUGAUUACAAUGGACCAGGUAUUGAAUGGUAUUUAUCUAGCGCUGUAGGUCUUGUUAAUACCAUACACAUUUCCAAGGAGUUGACCAUGCAGGGGAGCCCAGACCAGGCAUUCACAGUCACAGGAGCAACUCCAGUCAGUGUAAGAAUAAAUAGUGAUACCAGUGACUGUUGUAUCACAGGCAUUUGUGGUCUUUUCAAUGGUCAGCUAGUUGUUGCAGAUAAUGAGAGAUUGAAGCUGUUGGAUCUGCAGUACAAGGUUAUCAGUGAUUGUCAUAUGCCUGACCUUAUAUGGGACAUGUGCCUGAUCACCCCCUGUCAGGUAGCAGUAGCUGUGAACAAACAUAUAAAAUUUGUCUCAGUGAACAAUGGACAGCUGGUGAUUGACAGAGAGCUACAGCUAUCACAUGAGUGUAGAGGUGUUGCCUAUAACCAGGGCGAACUCUAUGUGACCUCUGGUAAUGCUCUGUACAAGUACACUAUCGUUGGCACACUUGUGAACUACAAGAUGUUUGAGGAUACAUCUUCUUAUAUGGCAGCUGUUGCCUGGCACCCCAUCAACGAGCAGAUGUUUGCCAGCGGGGGCUCUGACGGGGCGGUCAUGUUCUGGGAGGCAGGAACAGAGAAGGAGGUGGGAUCUAUGGAGGAGGCACACGAUGCCAUCAUCUGGGACCUGGCUUGGCAUCCUCUAGGUCAUGUACUGGCCUCAGCCUCUAACGAUCAUUCCACUAAAUUCUGGACGCGCAAUCGUCCCGGUGAUGCAAUGAGAGACAAGUACAAUCUCAAUAUAGCAAUUAUAGGUCCUGAUGGGGAGCCUAUAGACAUGGACACUGAUGUACAACUGGGGGAGAUGAAGACGGCACUGCCCGGCAUGGGACUUGAACAUGGUCUACCACCUGAGAAAGAGGAACUACCAGACCCUGAGGAUGAGUUGCCAUCCAUUCCGGGACUGGACUGGUCAACAGACAAGGAGUAUUUCAAGGAGGAGCCCAGACCUGAUGAGCGGCGCUUCCGCAAGGCCCCGUACACACGCCCCAUACCGAAGACCUUUGAGCACGCCUGGGUCACCAAUCAGCAGCCCACCAUCGUAAAGACAGAAGAGGUUCAAAAGAAGCGAGGUGGAAUAAAAUCACUACUUUCGCUGGAAAUAGCCCCACCUUCAAAACAUCAGAAAGGGGAUGAAGACCAAGAUAUCGAUGAUCGCUAUGACAACCCAGAAUUUGACGACAACGGUUACCAUGGCGAUGAAGACUACAGGCAGGAUGAGGACUUGCGAGGCGAUGAAGAUUUUCGCGGAGACAUAGACUUCAGGGGCCAGGAGGGGUAUCCACCUCAGCCCUUCAAUUCUGACCCCAGCUAUCUGAAGUCCCCUGGGGUCGGGGGUAAAAUGCCCCCAAAAACCGGUCUCCUAGGUGAUGGGCCUCCAGGUGGGCCAAGAUCACACAUUGAGGCCACACAGCCAGCUAAAGUCUCGGGCCAUGGUGGUCCGCCACCUAUUGGUGGUGGGGCUGGGGUUGAAGGUCCUUUGGGUCCUCCAAGAGACUACCCUGGGGGCUACCAGCCAAGAGCAGGUGCAGACGAUCCUGGUUACCACGACGUCAGAAAUGACAGUCAAGGUUCGUAUGAUGAAUACGAGACAGACAUGUACCCAGAGGACUAUGAUACUUCGUACUCAGAGGAUUAUGAAGGCUCAGGUGGUGGUUAUGGCUUUAAUGACAGAGACGAUAGUUUCAGUGAGGGUGGGCCACCAGCCCGACAUACGCCUAGGGGCAGAGGUCGUGGAGGUCAGGAUGGUUACAGAGGUCGCGGUGGUCAUGAUGACAGGUUUAUUGACCGUCCUGACCGAGGUCGAAAUGACUGGAACGAAAGAGACGCGGGUUUUAGUGAAGAUGGAAGUAGAGGUGGGAGAGGUUUCCACAGCAAUCCACGUAGGGGGAAUUUUAGAGGCGGAGACAGGGACAGUUAUCGGGGUGGAGGUGACAGGGGUGGCAGAGGGGGAAGGGGUGGACCUAGAGGGGGAAACAGAGGGGGUGGGGAUCACAGAGGGGGAGGUAGAAGCAGAGGUCGAGGCAGGGGAGCCAGGGGAGGCAACUGAGGGAUCAUCGGGUUUCAUUUGAAAUUGAGCUUUGCUCUAGGAAAUCUGGACUCAAUUCAUGUGUAAAGUGUCGUCCAGAUAAGCCAGUGCGGAAUCCACAGGCUAGUGUAAAGUGUCGUCCAGAUAAGCCAGUGGAGAGUCCACAGGCUAAUCUGGGACAACACUUUUCACAUAUGCAUUAAGCCCAGUUUUCCCAGAAUGCUAUUCAAAUACGUUUUGGUUUUAAUGGAAGAGUAAGAACUUUGGAGGUUAGGAAACUGAAGUAUUAUUUCGAUUUCAUUGCGUACAUUUGUGUGAUUGUCACUGAAGACCAUGGCUUAAGAAAUAUUUAAUUAAAAUACCCUUUGCUCUCAUUUAAAUAUUCUGAAUGAUGAAUACACUGGGAUGAUGAGGACAGAGAAAGGCUGUUGAAGGCUGGAUCAGUGUCUUUUGACAUGCAUGAAAGAUCAGUCAUUGAUGGGGAAGAUUUAGUGCUAAUGCUGAUGCCUUAAUUCUUCCAGUGCUGGAACCGAAUUUUGAAGGCCUUUGCAAACAGUUUGGAUCCAGAUGAGACGCCACAGAACGUGGCGUCUCAUCAGGAUCAAAACUGUUUGCUAUUCUGAUAGUAUUCUUUGAAAAAAAUCAAAGAAAAUGCUAAUUUUAGAAAUUCAGCAGCCAACAUUUUUGCAGACGACAAAUUUCCCAGCAUGCAAAGGGUUAAUUUCACUGGCAUGUAUUCAUGAGAUGUAUGUUAGAAAUUUCUUCAAGUGUAAGUGAAUCAUUUUGGUAACUGAGAGGACAUUAAAAGCCUUUUUCAGCUACUGACUGUUAUAGACACAAGUGGAUUUUUGUUUGCGCUUACUUUUCAAAAAUAAGUAUUAUGUUAAAAUUCUAGGAAAUCAACUUCACUGAAAUUUAAACACCAUGAACAACUUUAAGGGAUUGAUAAUGUGUUGUCUUUAAUUAGUACUGGGACAAAUUGAUCUCAAAAUCUCAAUACAUGUACAAUGAUAAAUUUUCUUGCAUUGGAGUAGUUCAGUUAAUAUUCGAUAAGGUUAUUGCAAUGCCUUAGCAUUCUUCAUAAAAUGUUAUUUCUUCAACUGCUUCAUAAUUCUUUAAAAUACAUGAAGAGUUUGCAUGUCAGAAUUACAUGACAGCAUGGUUAUUUAAGAUAUAAAACAUGUGUUGAAUACAUCAUUUAUUAAAAACUUGUUUUGUUGUUUCAUCAUUUGUCUGACUACUGCUGGGGGGGGGGGGGGUUAGUAAUUUACAGUAAGAUUGAGUAAAUAUAAGGCUAAAUAUGUUUAUUGAAGCAUUUUAUAUCAUCCAAGGUACCAAAGCAAUUCUGUGACCAAAUGUUUUGGCAAUAUGUUCAUUAUUAAGUUGACCACACAUUAUUUUCCUGUAAAAUGCUUUACUUACAGGUGCCUUUGUAUGUAGAUACUUGCUCAUAUGUGUACCUGUAAUCAGAUCUAGUUCAGCUCAUUUUUCCUUGACUACGCUGAGUCAAACUGGCUUUUUCCCCAAGUUCUAACCUAGACAUUUGUGAAAACUGGUUGUCCUUCCCUCUGAUUUAAGUAAUAUCUGUCGCUUUUAGGAUACAAAAUACAAACACAGUCAUUUUUGUCUUAACAUCACACGUUUAGCUUAAAUUGUUGAUUUUAAGCUCGUUACCUUCCCAUCAGCUUUAGUUUUGGCUUGAAUUUGAUUAGGUUUAACACUAGGUCACCAUUCUAGAGGCAACAUAUAUGAUAUAUCCUGAUUAAACUGGGUCAGACUGUAUCUCAACAAUAUUGAGUUAGUGAUAUAUUAGGGUUACAAACUAGGGCAUCAUGACAAACUAUAGCAGAACCUGGUCACCACUCUAUAAGCAACAUCUAUUUUUUUACUUGAUUGUACUUGGAAAUAUAUCAUUGUUUCUAAAAUGUCUAUGCCAAGAUUGUAUGUGGGUCAUUUAAAGUAUGCUAGGUCGCCAGAUGCAAUCUUUAAAAAACACUACAUGCCUCAUUUGCAAACUUAUUAUGACACAUCUUGAUCUUGACCAUAUUGAUGCCUAGUUUAAGCUAGGUCACUUAAAGUAAAAAAACUUGUGUGUUUGGUCCAAUACUGGACAAUUGUUGCACCAAAACUGAGAUGAUGUCUCAAGGGCCAUCUUAUUGGUGAAAAAUUGUGCAUGUAGAUAAACCUUUAUACAGUGUAACUGAAUGCUCAUUCAAUUGUACAGACAGACACUGCUGCCACAUUGCUGUCCAUAUUAUCGAAAAUUGUAAAUAUAACAUGUCAUUAGAUGCUUAUUUGUUCAUGUAUUCAUUAUUUGUAAAAUUGAUUUACAUGUAUGUGAAUAAAAAUAAGAUAUGUU